AUGUCAGCAAACGAGUCCAUGGAAACAUCUCACCUCCAUCAAGCUUCAAAUAAGAACAAUUUUAAGGAGCAUGUGAGAUUGACAGAGGACAACCUGCCAACGAGUCUGAAGAAUGAUAACUUAAAUUCUUCCCAAGGGUCUACUGAUGUCCGAUCUUCGAGCAAGUUGGGUAAUAAUGCGGGGCACAAAGUCAGUCCAAUUUUGUUUUGGACUCUAUUCCAGAUAAAUCUAACAUCUGAACUGAAGGCGGAAGUUAAUAAUGGAAUAUCAUCGAAUUUCGUCGAACUCAAUCCCAUGGAUAAGCUGCUAGCUAAACUUUCGGAGCAACAAGCCACCCUAAGCAAGCAACACGAAACACUUAUGUCAUCUGAUGAUUCAAGCAUAUACUCCCACAAAAUUGAAUGCACAGCGGACUCGAAAUCCUUGCCUAUCACCCCAGCCCUCUCAGAAAUAUACAAUGGCGUUACAACAAACAAUUACUCUAUUGGAGCUGGCGAAGAUCAACAAGCACCAAACCUUGAAGAACUUUCCCGCCUCAAGUCAGAACUUGAAGUUGCAAAGGGUAAGAUAGCUCGAAUGGACCAGGAACUUGCUCAAAGUCGAAUCACCAAGCAUUCUCUUGACCAGAUUAUUGGUAGUACUUCGGAGACCUACUAUCCGCUACAUAACUCUCUUGAGAGCAGCCCAAGCAAAUUUAAGCCUCCGACCACAGGACGUCCUUCUCUCCAGCGUGAAAAUUCCUGGGCUGCGCAAGAUGAUUGUCGCUCUGACACUAGCGAGACACUAUCUACAAACAGUUUCAACCGUUCUCGUAAUAUAUGGGGCAACAUCUCUAAGCCUACUAAUGGUGUAUCUCAAGUGGGAUCACACCCCUUCCAGCAGUCUUUGACUUCCCAUGAUCACUCCCAAUACGUGAACCGUGGUUUUGGCCGACCUUUUCUUGAAUCCUCUGUCGAUUAUCCCAAUUGUCAGAUAAAUGGAUUUCGAAUUGACAGAGUGCCAUCAGAAUCAAAUAUUUCAGCGGAUCGUGCAGCAAUUCGUCGUGCUCCAGUUGACGGACGCCUUAACAGCCGUAAUAGUGCAUUCUUUCAGUAUAGUGGCGCUAAUAACUCAUUUGAUGCUUUCUCGUCCAAUACAGGUAAUUAUACUCCAGUCAGUAAUAUGGCAGGUCCCGUAGGAUUAGGAGCGAGCAUGAAUAUAAACUCAAGCAUAAAUUCAAAUAUGAAUAGUGAUAUGGGCAUUUAUAGCAGCUAUCAGCCGCAACCUAUAGGGACACCCCUCUCACCUCAUGCACCAGAGUUCACUUCAUCUAACUCUUCGGGAUGGAAGGCUGAUACAGUUGCAACUGAGGGUUCCACAUAUCUUCCUACGAUAGAACCUCUUAACUAUCGACGACUUCUUGAUAGAUCAGUCAACUGUAAUUGGAAGUACAUCGUUGAUAAAAUUGUCUGCAACAAUGAUCAACAAGCUUCAAUAUUUCUUCAGCAAAAAUUAAAAGUUGGAACACCCGAGCAGAAAUACGACAUUGUUGAAGCCAUUGUUUCUCAGGCAUAUCCGUUGAUGGUAAAUCGUUUUGGUAAUUUCUUAGUCCAACGUUGUUUUGAGCACGGUACCCCAGCUCAAGUUAUCAAAAUUGCUGAAGCCAUUCGCGGCCAAACGCUAAAUUUAUCUAUGGACGCUUUUGGCUGUCAUGUAGUACAGAAGGCUUUCGAUUCAGUUCCUGAAGAUUAUAAAGCUGUUAUGGUACAUGAACUUCUCCGUCGUAUUCCAGAGACCGUUAUCCACCGCUAUGCCUGUCAUGUUUGGCAAAAAUUAUUUGAAUUACGUUGGACAGAGUCUCCCCCUCAGAUUAUGAAGUAUGUAAAUGAUGCACUACAGGGGAUGUGGCACGAGGUUGCACUCGGUGAGACAGGCAGUUUGGUUGUUCAAAAUAUAUUUGAGAACUGUCUUGAGCAGGACAAGCGUCCUUGCAUUGAAGAAGUUUUAGCUAGUAUUGAUAUCAUUUCUCAUGGUCAAUUUGGUAACUGGUGUAUUCAGCACAUCUGUGAGCACGGCGCGGCGGCCGACCGGAAUCGUGCAAUUGAUCACGUUAUUCGCUUUGCUUCGGAAUAUAGCAUGGAUCAAUUUGCCUCAAAGGUUGUCGAAAAGUGUCUAAAAAUAGGUGGUCCCGAAUUUCUUGGUCGCUACCUUGAUCGAGUUUGUGAAGGCCGUCUUGAUCGCCCUCGCAUCCCCUUAAUCGACAUUGCUAGUGAUCAAUAUGGUAAUUACUUGAUCCAGUAUAUUCUUACUCAUUCUAAUCCGCAGCACCGGGAAAUCGUUGCUCAGCAUAUACGGAAGCACAUGGUAUCACUUCGAGGGUCAAAAUUUGGCUCUAGAGUUGGCAUGUUGUGCACGAAUCCCGCCAUACAAACUCGUCCUGGCCCUGGUGUUGGUCCUAAUGCCGGCGCUCCUCAAACACGCCCAGGUUUAGGCCCUCAGCAAAGCGCUCGCUAUGCUGCUUCCUACCGCUAA